AUUCCUCCAGUCAGUAACGAGGAAGCUUUGGUAAAGAGCGGUCGAUUGGUCUUCGUGGUUUUUCAUCGUCUUAAAGUCGUUCCUUUCGAGUCCUUAAUCGUAUGCAGAGUUAAUUAAAGGUCGGGACUCUCAUAACACGAGCAGCCGGGUAGGAGCUUGCUGUCUCUUGGUUCAGUGAGGAAGUGCCUGUUGGAAAGGGCCUGUUAGAAAUUCGGAGGUCGAACGCCACCGACAAGGAAAGAUGCGACGGAAGGUUGUAAAGAAAGUGCUAUCGGUCGAGCAGGCGGAGGGCCGGGGCGCGCGCGUGAGGAGGAGCAUCGGGCGGAAGGAGCUGAGGAGACUCGACCCUUUCCUAAUGCUGGACGAGUUCCGAGUCCGACCUCCCGCGGGGUUUCCAGACCAUCCCCACAGGGGCUUCGAGACGGUCACAUAUAUCCUGAAGGGCGGCGUCAAACACGAGGACUUCUGUGGCCAUCAGGGCGUCAUUUCGAAGGGCGAUCUGCAGUGGAUGACGGCAGGACGCGGCGUUGUCCACUCGGAGAUGCCGGCGACCGAUGGGGAGAAUGUAGGCCUACAACUCUGGGUCAACCUUCCCAAGGCAGAGAAGUUAAUUGAGCCCGCUUAUCAGGAGCUCUUAGCAACAGAAAUCCCGAGCACGGCGCAAGAUGGGACCUCUGUCAAAGGUAAGCUUUGGCAAUCACGACGUUUGAUCGCAGGAGAGAGCAUGGGCAUCCAGUCCCCCGUGCGAACCCACACCCCCGUCUACUACCUUGACUUCGAGCAGCAGCCGGGCGCCAGACUCAUCCAGGAAGUGCCACAGUCAUGGAAUGCGUUUUUGUACGUCCUCUCUGGCAUGAUUAAAAUCCAAAGUGAAGAUGAGGAGGAGGACGUGGAGAGCGAGGCCCACCACACACUCGUCCUCGGUGAUGGGGAUUCCGUCCAGGUGACCAAUAUGGGUCCUGACAAGGCGCACUUCGUCCUCAUUGCAGGCCAGCCCAUCGGAGAGCCUGUGGCCCAGUACGGUCCCUUCGUCAUGAACACACAAGAGGAGAUCAAUGAGGCUAUAACAGACUAUAACCUCCAACAGAAUGGCUUUGAGAAUGCACACGGGUGGAGAUCGGCUGCACAGAAAUAGGUCAACUCUACAUCAUCAGGAAAUUCAUUAGUAGCUCUUCUGUUGCAGAAAUGGUUACGUGCACAUUAUAUUUAAUGAAACACAGAGCAAGCUGCUCAAAUUAAUGAAGGUAUAAUUAUAUUAAUUUAUAUCUUGGUUAUAUAUGACUUUUUCAUUGUUAAAUAUUUAUAUUGACAAAAAUUAAUUUGUAAAAUUUUUUAACUGUUGUCCAUAUGAAAAAAUUAUAAAAAUUAAAUCUUUCCCCUUUUUCAAUUAUACACUAUAUAAGUAUUUUGUAAUAUAACAAAAGAAAUAUCAUUUCUGAAUAUUAGAAUCAUCAAAUGCAGAUGGAACACAAGCCAUGCCCACCGAGAGUAUAGUUUGUUUUUUUUCACAAAGAUGGCUCUACCAGUACCAAGUCAUAUAUGAACCAGUUACGAGUACUACCUGUCUCACCAAUUUUCCUUGAUUUUCAGAAAUAUUUUCUGGUAUCUAGUAUUGCUGUUAGUGUCAAUAACACUAAUAAUUAUUUUUUUUAGACAUAACAGCAUCACACCAUUUUCUUUCUUGCAUAGCCAAAUAUAUAAUGUAGGAGGUAGGGGAAAAAAAAAAAAAUAAUAAUACUAGUCUAAGUAUUAUUAUUUCCUCUUCCGAGUUUAAAAUAAUAUUGGUGGGAAAAAUAAAAUUAUCAUCUUUUUAAACAAAAUUUCUAGUGUUUCCUUUAACCAUAUAGCUUCAGUUGGAUAGAUCAGACUGACAUGUCAUUCUGGCUGGGUCAUCGUAUCCCAGGUUUUGAAGUACUACUGGUAUGUGAAUGUAAUUGUCAUAGGGUCCACCCCAACAGCUUGGUGUACUGUAGUUAGAACAGAACACAAAAAUGUCCUUUUUAUUUUAUUAUUAUUUUUUUUGUGUGGGAAUUUUAAAGACAAUGCUUUUCCAUGAGCAAUUAUUGGCAGGCCCUCUAUGCAAGAAAAAUUUAGUGUAGCCUCAGUUAUAAAAAAAAUAAUGUUGGACAAAAAUAAAAAAUGAUGGAACCUUU